CCCGAGACAUCAGUUUCAAGAAAGUCAAGUGCAAUAUGGCCUGCAAGAUGGACAUAACUUUCGAGAAUGGUACAACGAUGCCAGCCCUUGGGUUUGGCACUUGGCGGGCAUCUGAUGAAGAGGUAGAGAAAGCACUCAACGAAGCACUGGAAACUGGUUAUCGCCAUAUUGACACGGCACCGGUAUAUCUCAACGAGAAAACCAUCGGGAAGGUGUUGAAGGAGUGGAUAGAUGCUGGGAAGGUGACCCGGGAUGAGUUGUUCAUUGUAACCAAACUGCCACCGCAUGGGACAAGAGCCAGCACGGUGGAGAAAUUCCUUCGAAGCUCACUGAAGGAUCUUCAGCUGGACUAUGUAGACUUGUACCACGUUCACGUGCCAUUUACCGUACCGGAGGUGGAUGGACCGUUCUUGGUGGACGAUGAUGGACAGAUCGUACUGGAAACUACAACCGAUCAUAUUGCACUAUGGAAGGCCAUGGAAAAAAUGUACGAGGUCGGUCUCACACGGAACAUAGGCCUAUCGAAUUUCAACCAACGGCAGAUACAAAGGAUUCUCGAUAAUUGCCAAAUCAAACCGGCUAAUCUGCAGAUCGAGAACCACAUCUAUCUGCAGCAACCGGAACUGGUGAAAUUCUGCAAAGCCAACGGUAUAACGGUUACCGCGUACUCACCACUCGGUUCCAAGGGCAUCGAAAAGCUACUCAACCGGGAGGUACCGGACCUGCUGGACAAUCCGGUGGUGAAGGAAAUCGCCGAUAAGUUGGGCAAAACUCCCGCCCAGGUACUGCUACGCCACGUGCUGCAGCGUGGGAUUUCAACGAUCCCGAAAAGCACGAACCCGAAACGUUUGCGGGACAACAUCGAUUUGUUCGAUUUCGAAAUCGACGAUUCCGACGUGGUGCGCCUGAACCAGCUGGAUCAGAAUAUUCGCAUUUGCGAUUUUGCAUUUUUCCCGGGCAUCACCAAGCACCCGGAGUUCCCUUUCUAAAGCGAGGAGGUACAUUUUGACAGAGUAUACAUGAAGUUUCUCAUUACUUUCCAUGAAGAAAACGAACGCAAACAUUCACUAAUAAUCGUUAGUUACUAGUAUUGAUCAUAGCAAGUCUAUCGUUUGGCUACAAUUUGAUUUUAAAAAUAAAAGCAUUAGUAUUAAUAAGUAUAACAAUACAGUUUGAGACUUGA